UUGGCCAUUUACACAAAAUGUGACAUAUACGAAUACAUAUAUAUACAUAAAAAAAUAGACUUAGGUAAUAAAGUAUCGUACGAAGUUGUGAUGACUAAAGUAACGUUUUCGGAAAAUGCGGAGUUACCUGCGAAAUUAGUGUAAAUAAAAAAUAAAAAGGAAAAAAAGUUGAAAAUUAAAAAAAAGUGUGGAAAGAAAUUGAAAUAAAUAUAAAUCGUUUAGCGAAAGAAAAAUAAAAAAUCAAAAGAAAAAAAUUUAUUCAAUGAUAUAUCGUGCAUUUGUGACAAAAAGUUUAUUCCAAAUGAAUACAUUUUUAUGGCGCUACAAUUAUUUCGAAUCGGCAUCAUCGGCACUCUAUUUAUUAGAUGCCUUUUUUCUAUGUGCUUAUUAUUUAUGAAGUGCUUUAAAAAUUUAAAUUGUGUCGUUGCAAUAAUAGUCCUGCUGUUGGUAUGCAUUAAUAUGCCAGUCAUAUCACCAACCCAAACGACAACGGAUGAUCCCCAACUCAAAAUAAUCAAACAUCCACCUGCAAAUGCAAUAUUCAGUCAAUUACAACCACUUUUUCUACCAUGUUCAGCUAAUUACACCGGUCCGUACGAUGAUGGCGAUUACGACGAUGGCGAUGUUAUGGACGACCUACAGGAGGGGGAGGAGAAAGCUCAUAAAAUGAAGAAGACGCAUUUUACCGAUUUAAAACCGGAUGAUCGGAAUGAAAUUAUGAUUGCCAAAAAUGUGGACUCAAACGACGACGACGAUGAAGAUGACGGAGAUGACAGCGGUACGGGUGUGUUCUUUAAACGAGACACGUACGGGCAGCGAGAGAAUAAAUUAAUUUACAAGUGGCUGAGAAAUGGACUUCCACUUAUACACCGAUCCGAUUUCGAUGUUUUCCCGAACGGAACACUCAAACUGACAAAGUCAAAAUCGGCUGCUGGCAUAUACCAAUGCGUUGUUGCUGACGGCUCCAAAUUGGGUAUUGGCGCUGUUAUAUCGACAGCGUGUAACGUUGAGAAAGCUGUUUUUGCACGAUACGCGGCAGAGAAAAAUAUUUCGGCAGAGACUGGUAGCUUUGUCGUAAUCGAAUGUCCGUUUUAUAGUGUUCCGGCCGCUAAUAUCACAUGGAGAUAUGCGAACAACAAAACCAUCGAUUUCAACCAAAAUAAUAGAAUGUUCCAGUUGCUCAACGGUAGUUUGUUAAUUACACAAGUAAAAGAAUCGGACAGUCAAACGUAUAAAUGCACAGCCCAAAAUGCAUUCUUUCACACGAGACCUGUCCGAUCAUAUUCGUCAUCAUUGGAAGUAGUGAAUGCAACUGAAUCUCAACUGAAAUCGGGAAUGAUAUUACCGCUGUGGACGGCCGAAAACCGAACCAUCGUAGUCAAAACCGGUGGCAUUCUCAAAUUGUUUUGUGUCGCUUCUUCGGAGGAAGUGCGAUGGACGUUUCGCCAGCGUAACGGCAAUCAAUCGUUCCGCAUCAACGACACAUCGAACGUACUCGUCUUUCGGAACGUAUCGUAUCCAACGCAUGACGGAUUUUAUAACUGUUCAACAACGACCGAUUCUCUAAUGUAUAAUGUUACCAUUAGCGUACCGCCCACCAUAGUUCAACAGUUAAACUCAAAAACUCCCGGUAUCGGCGAAUUUGGAUCGUUUAAUUGUACAGCAACGGGCAAUCCGAAACCGACAAUAAGCUGGUACAAAAAUGGAGCACCGCUGCUGUUCGACUAUAUCGUAACAUACAACGAUUCGAUUGUGAAUAUCAAUACGUACGAAAAGGAGCACAAGGGAAUCUAUCAAUGUGUGGCUCACAACUCGGCUGGUGAAGCUCAUUCGUCAGCGUUGUACAGUUGGAUCAACAAACGGAUCACGGAGGGGCCGCAAAAGGUUAAAUGUUAUCCGUUGAAUCAAUCGUCAAUGUUGAUCGAUUAUGAAAACACCAAUAGGUUUCAGUGGCACGCUAUAGUUUACUACACCAGCACAAACCGCUCAUCGUUCAUCGAAUGGAAAUCAACUUUCGAACACAAUAUCAAAAGAUUCGAUGGAAAGGUGAUCGUUCCCAUAUCCAGCAUCGAUUUAUUCGAUCCGUUCAUGUUCUAUAUGCGAGGAAUGAUGAAGAUCGGUCACGAAGGACCAAGCGGCCAAAAGUUGCUGUACGAUAUGUCGAAAUUGUCCAAGGGAACAAAAUGUGCCCUGCAAGGAUUGGAGAUCUAUUCGAUCGUACAUCAAACUGGUAUUUUCAUCUGGUGGCCCAAGUUGCACAUAGCCAAUCUUAGCCAUUUAAACAUUCAAUUUCGCUACAACGACACCUCAAAUCCAACGAAAUUUUCGGAUCAAAUAAUCGGCACCAAAGACAAGCUAAAGGAAAUGGAACGCUGGGACGACAUCCAACCGAAAUUGAUCAAAAUUAAGGCGACCACGAACGUUUAUCCCGAAUUUCAGGGAACCAGGGACAGACGCUUCGUACCAAACAAUUUCAAGCAAUUUGCAUCAUCCUCUGCUACGGCCAGCCUACCGCUGUACAUGAACGACGAAUUGAAAAAGCUUGAAACAAUGAAACGAUCCGACAAAUCGGAGGGAAUCACGGAAGUUCAGGUGCAGGGGGAAGUGACCGGAAUUUUGAUACCGAACACUUCGUUCAUCGAUGUGAGGGUAUUGGUGCCGGUCAUGGACACCGACGGCGAAUUGUAUCAGGACAACAGCUAUGUGCAGUGGAAAACCAUAUCGAAACCUUCGACGAUAUCGCAAUUUCAGAUCAUUGAGACAGAAUCGCGAAGCAUAACGCUAAGUUCGUCCGAUAAAAGUGUUGCCUGUAUUCAGGCAUGCGUUAUGACAGACUUUGCCACUUGUCAUCUCAUUCACGCGCAAAAGUCCAAAUUUCGAAUAAAAAAUCUGACCCCGAACGAGAUUCACCGAAUUUUUCUGUACGAUUGCGUUCAGAACUAUUCGCAGCUGGGAGAAUUCAACGCUCGAACCAAACAAGACGUGCCCGGGACAAUUAAAAAUUACACCAUCUACAAUAACAACGGUUGGAAACUGAAAUGGUCACCACCAGACCACACUACUGGCCUACAAAAUAUUCGUUAUUACGAAAUCGAGUGGACAAUAAACGAUGAACUUCAUUCGAGGAAUGUUAGUUACGACAAAAACUAUUUCGAGUUCCCGUUCGGACAAGAUGACAAAUUCAAUAUUACCAUUCGAGCCGUCAGCGACGCACACGGCAUUCCCAUUCACAUAAAUUCUGAGAACAUUUCCCAGGAUCGUUCCAACCUGUUCAACACCAAGCGUCGCGAUCCCACUCUAGGAAUUCUAAUCGGUACCAUGCUGUCCAUAUUGUGCAUUGUGAUCACAUUGUGGAUUAUUGUCCGUUAUCGAACGUGUUCCAAACACGAUUCCGGUCACAAUGUCACCAGAAACACAACAUCGCCUAUACCAACACAGUCGGCCACUUGUAACUUAGAUUUGCACGAAAUGCAAAACCUUAUUGCCAAAGCGGAAACACUGGCGCCGAACGGACUGGUUCGGCACAGUGGCAAUGGUAAUAAUGCUGUUUCGGAGCGAAUUAUGCUGAACAGUUCGACGCCGAAAAAGCCGAGAAACGAUGAAGACUUUUCGUGCGUCAUUAAGGCUAAAGAGGACGAGUUCAGUUCGAACCCGGCGCAAUUACAUUUUCCGGCUGGUGCGGAAACAAAUCAGAGUAAUGGCGCUACCUGUGUCGACGAUAAUAAUGCGGUUCUACCUCAAAAAGUACAUUCCAAUGUGAAAAACGUAUUUCCAUCAACACCUCCAAAUGGUAAUCUGAAAGCACCCUCAAAUCCUCAGUAUUCCACUGACUCUCUAAUUAAUACGUCGUUAUUCGACCGGAGCCAACAGCAGUUGUUAAACACAACAAUAGAUAGUAACACUAGUAAUAUUAACUUAAGUACAUUAAAUGAAAAUGAUGACACAUUGGAACUUAAUGGUGAUAGUAGCUAUAGUCAACAACCGUUGCAUAAUUGGAAUUUUCGCAGACCAAUUAUCGGUCCGAAUGGCUAAAGUGUUUUAAAGAAACAACAAACAAGACAAGCAAAGUGAAUGGGUGCUUCGUUGUUUGUUCUUAAGAUACAGUUUACCGUUUCCUUAUUUUUUUCCCGUACGAUAUACCUAUUAAGAGGUGG